AUGGCCACUGCACAGUUGGACAGAACUUCCUUGAGUGCAUUGGUAUUUCCCAAUAAGAUAUCAACUGAGCAUCAGUCUUUAGUGUUAGUGAAGAGGCUCCUAGCAAUUUCAGUAUCCUGCAUCACGUAUUUGAGAGGAAUAUUUCCAGAAUGUGCUUAUGGAACAAGAUAUCUAGAUGAUCUUUGUGUCAGAAUUCUAAAAGAAGAUAAAAAUUGUCCAGGAUCUACACAGUUAGUGAAGUGGAUGUUAGGAUGCUAUGAUGCUUUGCAGAAAAAAUAUCUAAGGAUGGUUGUUCUAGCUGUAUAUACCAAUCCAGAAGACCCUCAGACGAUUUCAGAAUGUUACCAAUUUAAAUUCAAGUACAGCAGUAAAGGACCAAUCAUGGACUUCAUAAGUAAAAACCAAAGCAGUGAAUCUAGUAUAUCAUCUGCUGACACCAAGAAAGCAAGUAUUCUUCUCAUUCGCAAGAUUUAUAUUCUAAUGCAAAAUCUGGAACCUUUACCUAAUGAUGUUUGUUUGACCAUGAAACUUUUUUACUAUGAUGAAGUUACACCCCCAGAUUACCAACCUCCCGGUUUUAAGGAUGGUGAUUGUGAAGGAGUGAUAUUUGAAGGGGAGCCUAUAUACUUAAAUGUGGGAGAAGUCCCAACACCUUUUCACACCUUCAAAAUAAAAGUGACCACUGAGAAAGAACGAAUGGAAAAUAUUGAUUCAGCUAUAUUAUCACCAAAAGAAUUAAAAAUACCACUUCAAAAAAUUAUCACGGACAAAGAUGAUUUAGAAGAUGAACAGGAGCAUUAUAUAAGUGAUGAUUUUGACAUUGAAACUAAAAUGGAAGAGCAGAAAAAAAAACCUGGAUCUUAUGAACUUGGAGAACCAAAUUUAGUUUGUGAGGAAGAUGAAAUUAUGAGGUCUAAAGAAAGUCCAGAUCUUUCAAUUUCUUAUUCUCAGGUUGAGCAGUUAGUCAGUAAAACAUCUGAACUUGAUGUGUCUGAAAGCAAAACAAGAAGCGGAAAAGUCUUUCAGAAUAAAAUGGCUAAUGGAAAUCAACAAGUAAAAUCUUCUAAGGAAAAUCGGAAGAGAAGUCAGCUUGAAUUCGGGAAAACAAUUCUUCAUCACUUUGAUUCUUCUGGUCGAGAGUCAGUGCCAAAAAGAAGAAAGUUUAGUGAACCAAAGGGAAAUUAAUAAAAAAAAUUUUUUUCUGCAUGUUUGCAAAGUUCUUCACAACAUUUAAACUAAAGGACACUAUAUUACUUUUUUAAGGUGUUUGCCUUACCUCUGAAAACUUACAUAUAGUCUUCAGCAGUUAGUACACUAAGAUUAAACCUUAGCUGACUAUCAUAUUGUGAUCCUUAAUCUUAUCUGACAUGAAUUCAGGAGAACUUUUGAAUAAAAACAAAGUACCAGUGUCAUAAUUUCUUCUGUUAAUUAUCUACUCAAUAUUGAUCUAUCUUCCAUUUUGGCAGACACUUCCUUUAAACAUAUAUUAACUUUUAAGGCCCUCUAAAGCCAUUUCCUAAAGUAAAUAAUGUUUAUUUUGGUAUUAAAUUUUGAUAGAGAUUCACUUUUUACUUACGUUAAAACUAUACAGUUUAACUGGCUAUGUUUGUCAUUAUGUUGUUAUUAAAACAAUGUUCUUCAGUACUUUGAUAUGGUGUAUUAACAUGAUAAUAUAUAAUGUAAAAUUAAAAUUAAAAAUUGGUGCUUUACCUUUUUUAACAUUUUUUUACUACAAGACAAAAUGACGAUUUUUAAAGUCUGGCAUUUUUGGCAGCAUAAAUAAAAUAUUGUUCAGCAUC